GCGACUGCAAGCUUGGCCGCGCCAAAUCAUCUACUCCAUCCUCCUCUCCUCCUACGCCUACUAGGUAGCAGUUCCUGAAGCUACGGCGGCGGCGCCGAGGUGAUGACGACGCCGGAGGAGCGGCUGGCGACCCUGCGGGGCGCCGCCGACGAGUGCGACGGCGGCGGGGACGACGACGAGCUGCUGCGGCUGCUGCUGCGGGACGACGAGAACCCCCACCCCGUCUGCCUCGCCUGCUUCGAGCCCUCCGACGCCAUGCCCGCCGCGCAGUGCGUCGGGACGGCGAUCCGCGCGAGGGCGGCGGCGCGGGCCGGGUGCCGGGUGAGGAUCGUGGUCGCCGACACGCUCGCGCUCCUCGGCGGCAAGAUGGACGGCGGCGACUGGGCCCGGGUCAGGGACGCCGCCCGCCGGAACGUCGGGGAACUGGAGGCGGCGCUCAAGGCGCUCGGCGUCGGCGUCGGCGGCGAGGUGGAGUUCCUCUCGUCCUCCGACGAGAUCCUCCGCCGCCGCGCUGCCGAGUACUGGGGCCCGCUCGUCAUGGACGUCGCCCAGAAGUUCUCUGUCCAGAGGGUACUCUUGGGCCGGGACGAGAAGAAGCUGACCGCCGGGCAGUUCUUAUCCACCAUCAUGCAGUGCGCCGACGUCGUCUUCUUCCAGGCAGACAUAUGCCACAUGGCCAUGGAUCAACGUGAGAUGAAUCUUCUUGCGAGAGACUAUUGCGAUGCCAGCGGAAGGGAUAAGAAGCCAGUCAUUCUGUCAUACAAUAUGCUACCUGAUCUUAAGAAAGGCCAGAAGAUAAACAACGAUCAAUCAUCGGCUAUAUUCAUGGGAGAUGACAAGUCCAAAGUGAAUAACAAGAUAAAAACGGCUUUCUGCCCCCCUGCAAUAGUUGAUGGAAAUCCAUGCUUGGAGUACAUAAAGUGCAUCAUUUUCCCUUGGUUUGGAAGGUUUGAUGUGCUUCGGGCAGAAGCUAAUGGUGGUAACAAAACCUACAACCAAAUGCAAGACGUGUUCGUGGAUUAUUGUGAUGGUGCUCUGCAUCCUGCUGAUGUGAAGAAUAAUCUUUCAAAAGCAAUAAAUGAGAUAUUGCAGGCAGUUCGUGAUCAAAAGCUUCACUUCAAAAGCAACAAUGAUGCUGAAGUUCUGGUUGAUACCGUUAAGUCCACCCAGUUGUCCUCGACUGAGAAUCUGCCUAGCAGUAUGCCCAUGAUGACAGCGGAGGAGCGGUUCAAAAUCCUGCAGGGCAUUGCAGAGGAGUGCACUGAGGAGGCCGAGCUGAGAUGGCUGCUGCAGGAGAAGCCCAAUCCAAUCUGCUAUGAUGGAUUUGAGCCUUCUGGCCGCAUGCACAUUGCACAGGGUGUUGGGAAGGCGAUAAGUAUUAACAAGAUGCUCAAAGCUAGAUGCAGAGUGAAAAUCUGGAUAGCCGACUGGUUUGCGAUGCUCAAUAACAAGAUGGGAGGGGAUUUGAACAAAAUCAGAACUGUUGGCAGCUACAUGAUUGAGAUUUGGAAAGCACUUGGCAUGAACGUGGACGGGGUCGAAUUCCUAUGGGCCUCAGAAGAAAUCGAGAAGCGUGGAGAUGAGUACUGGUCACUUGUGAUGGACAUCAGCCAGAAAAGAAAUUUCAAGAGGAUAGUCAGGUGCUCCCAAAUCAUGGGUCGAAGAGAUACUGAUGCCCUGACUGCUGCACAGAUUAUGUAUCCCCUCAUGCAGUGUGCUGAUAUAUUCUUCCUCAAGGUAGACAUAUGUCAGAUGGGCAUGGAUCAAAGAAAGGUGAACGUGCUUGCCAGAGAAUAUUGCAACGCCAUUAGAAGAAAUAAUAAGCCCAUUAUACUGUCACACCAUAUCCUACCAGGUAUUAAAGAAGGUCAGCAGAAAAUGUCAAAGAGCGAUCCAUCCUCGGCCAUUUUUAUGGAAGACGAUGAGUCUCAGGUGAACUCCAAGAUAGCACAGGCUUUCUGUCCGCAGAAAAUUACUGAAGGAAAUCCAUGCUUGGAGUACAUCAAGUACAUCGUUUUCCCUUGGUUCGAAAGGUUUGAGCUGCUUCACAAGGACGCUGACGGUGGUAGCAAGACCUACAACAGAAUAGAAGAACUCUUUGAAGAUUAUGCUAGUGGUGCUCUGCACCCUGAUGAUGUUAAGCCUGCUCUUGCAAAAGCAAUAAACCAGAUACUACAGCCUGUUCGUGACCACUUCAGCAACAAUCCUGACGCCAAAGUUCUGCUUGAGACAGUAAAGGCGUACAAAGUAACGAAUUGAUCUGAAGCGCAGGGUGGUGCAGCUGCGCUUGAUCGUAUCACCACGGACCUCGGACGCAGUAGCGUAUGAUCAGCUGCGUCCACACGUAGAAUGAGUGGAUUAUAUAUUGCAAGCUUGUUUAGUGCAGAAUCUCGUUUUAGUCACGAAGUAACUGAAUCCCCAUGGUUAGCAUAACCUGUGAUGUGAAUAUGUUGAUCUCUGUCCCGGCUUUCGCGCGCGCAGUGGUCCAAAAUUCAAAACGCAUCGUGUGGGCCGUCCCCUCAUCCUGGACUAGUACUGGGCUGAGCAAACUCCUCUUGACUGGCCAGCAGGCCGUCCAGAUCCACUCACUUAUCGUGUGUUGUAAGCCAAGCGAAUACUUACUUUUUCACAUGUUAGCCUGAAUUUGUUGUUUU